AUACGUGACAGUUCAAUCAGUAACAGCUGACAGUCACAACAAUGGCAGAGAUCGAGUGGCCGUGGCAGUACAGCUUCCCUCCGUUCUUCACACUCCAACCUCACACGGAGACGAGAGCCAAACAGGUAGCAGCCUGGAAGAGCUUGGUGCUCGAGUACUAUCGCGUCACGAAGCAGGCCGUCGUGGACGUGCGCGAAGUGCACACGAAUCCCUUGUUUAACAAUGCCAAUAUAAACAGAAGGCUACCGUCCGAGGCUGUACUAAUGAUCCUAGAGGAAUUGGCUAAAUCGGGUAACGCGACUCCGCUGGACAAGACCAAGCAGAGGUGGUUGAUUUACUGGCACACGCUGGAGGAAUGGGGCGAUAUAGUAUACACUUGGGCGCAGGAGAACGGCUUCGUCGGCUCCGUGUGUACGUUGUUCGAGUUGACGCAAGGGGAGGACACGACUGAACAGGAAUUCCAUGGGCUGGACACUGAAGUGCUGAUCAGAUCGCUGAGGACCCUGGAAGCUGCCAAGAAGGCGGAGCUAAUAUUAUUCGACGACAAUCAGGGCGUCAAAUUUUUCUAACGCGUUUCGACUCGGCCGGAACUACACGAAUAUCGGAAAUUUAUUUUUAUUGGAUAAUAUAUAUAUUAUAUUAUAUAUUAUAUAUAUAUAUAUAUAUAUAUAUAUAUAUAUAUAAUUGUAAUAUAAAAAUAGAAGAUUCUUUCAUGAGAAAGAACACAAUUUAUAUCUUAUAAUAAAAUACAACUCAUUUAUUUAUGAAAGUAUAAUAAUUUAAUAUAAUUAAUUUAUUUGUUAUAUAAUUAAGUACGGUCUAUCGAUGUUCGCAUUCGGGUAUUCGUACAAUCGGGUGCACCGAUGUUUAAAUCAGACGGAUCACAUUUAUGCACUGUGCGAAUGUAACAAUUCCUCGGUUCUUCGAGAACCUAUCGUUAAUCGUAUAAAUAAAAAAAUAUUCUUAAAUAACAUUAAUAAAUAAAUAUAAAUAAUAUCCCA